AUGGGCCGAAACAAAAACUCAAAUAGCCAGACCAGCUGGCAAACAACCGACGAUGAAGCCCCUCCCACAAUCCCAGCUGAAGCCGCGCAACAAUUUGAAGCCGAGAUCUCCCAUUUCAGCGACUCAUUAAGUGACGAAGAGCGACAAGUAGGUGACGAUAAACCGACUUUGAAGGCGUACGUGCAGUCCACAAAUAUCCGUGAAAAUCCAAGUGCAGGGCUCAGAGCGUAUGAAACUGCUAUUCUUGAGAAUGUUGGGUUCUGA